GCGUUCCAAAUUCAAUUGCUCAUAUAAAUUGUUGUCAUAAAUAUGGAGUUGUCAUGUUGGGUUCUGAUUUUGAGCCUUAUGCCAAGAAUCUCAAUAAUGCCCGAGUUGUCUUUGGUGCAAGUGUUAUUAUUGGAGAUGAUAACUUUCAAAAUAUUAUAAGUAGUCGCCUCACUUUUGUUGAUAAAUCAAUGCUCGUAAAAGAGUUUAUUGAGAGUUCGGAUUUUGUAUCACUUAUUCUUCGUCCUCGCCGAUUUGGCAAGUCAACAAAUUUAUCCAUGUUAAAACACUUUUUUAAAAUACCAUAUUCCCAAGGAGAAAAUGAUGUCAACAAGAAGCUUUUUGAAAAACUGAAAAUUUCAACUGAAUGUGAAAUUAUGCAAAAACAUUUUGAGCAAUAUCCUAUCAUUCAUAUCUCUCUUAAGGAUCUAAACGCCGAAACAUGGAAUGAUAUGAUAUCAGAAUUAAGAAUACUUGUAGCUGAAAUUUAUGGUGAACACUACCACCUUAUUAACAAUUUACGUCCCCAUGAACAAACGAUAUAUCAACAAAUUCUCGAAAGAACUUGUAAUAUAUCAGAAUUGAAAUUUUCUUUGAAGGCACUUUCCAUGUAUUUGCGACGACACUAUAAAAAGAAAUGUAUCGUGUUGAUUGAUGAAUACGAUUCCCCAAUGGAACGUGCUUAUAAUAAAGGAUAUUACGAGGUUGCAAAUGAUUUUUUUAAAGGCAUGUUCUCGUCAUUAUUGAAGAGCAAUUCUGAAAAUGUUGCAAAAGCUAUGUUGGUUGGUGUAUCGCGGAUCGCAAAAUCGGGGUUCUUGUCUGGGUUGAAUAAUCUUAAGGUCUACCCUUUACAUAAAGAACAUCAAUUUUCUCUUUAUUUAGACAAAUUUGGAUUCACAUCUGAUGAGGUAAAAUUAUUAUUGCCACUAUGUAAAAAUUUGCAAAUUAAUGAUGCACGGAAUUGGUAUGAUGGCUAUAUCGCGGGAGGCACUAUCCAUUUAUAUAAUCCGUGGUCCAUUGUUAAUCUACUUUCAGAUGGUAUCUUACGUAAUUAUUGGACGGAGACAGGAAGUACUCAAACAUUGGAAAAAUGCAUAUGGAAAGCAAGCUCUUCAUUUAAGGAAUCCGUUGAGAAAUUGUUAAAAGGAUAUCUGAAUAUUAAUUCUGAGAAUCAUCUUUUUAUUCCAAAUGAUGAGAUUCGUUCAGAAUGGCAUAGAUGGGUGGUCAAUGUACCAUUUUUUACUAAAGGGCAAACUAUCGCAUCGAUGUUAGACUGUCUUUUAGGUGGAAAUCUGGAUUCAUUUAAAAAAGAAUUUGAGCAAGUGAUUGUAGAUACGCUUUCAUUUUAUGAUGUCGGAGGGUCUCAUUCUGGAGAAAAUGCAGAAUUUGUUUAUCAUGCCUUUUGUUUAGGAAUGUUUGCUAAUGCUCGUGAUCGAGGUUUUACGGUUCUUUCUAAUCGUGAGUCUGGUUAUGGGAGAUACGAUAUAGCAAUAUUUUCAGAAUCAGGUGGCUAUGAGAUCGCCAUUAUUAUUGAAUUUAAAGUUGUUAAAAAAAAUAAAAAUUUAGUCGAUAUGGCUCGUCAAGGAUUGGAUCAAAUUAAAGAGAAGCAAUACCAAGCAGGUCUACAUAAAGAUACCAAAAAACUUUUGGAGAUAGGAAUUGCGUUUGAAGGAAAAAAAGCUUGUGUAUUAGGGCAUUUAUUGCAUAGGACAGAAGAAGCAACGACAUCAGCAUCAUUACUGCAUAGUUUAACUUUUCAGAAACGGUUAACUGAUUCAUUUUUUGAAGGUGGUUGGCCACCUCUUAUAUCGGGCAUACUUAUAUCACUAUUUUGCGAUGCAUUAUGGACUCUCUCUCCUAUUACGAGAUGCCGAACGAUUCCUUUGGCAGUGGACUCAACAAUGAUGAAAUUUCCUCGUAAGAUGGUGGUGGUGUAUUGUUACGGCGUCUUAUCCCCUGCCGUCUUGAGGAUGCGUUUACAUUGUGCUGACAAAUGUUCGAAACUCAUCAAAGUAUCGCCAUAUAUUGAAACAUCAUCUAGUGAAAAUUUAAAGUAUCUCGGACUGAGCGAUCUUAAUACUGGAAUUGAAAUAAAUGCUCACGGUUCGAUUGUUCCUAUAAUUCCUAAACAAGAUCUUAACAAUGCACAAAAUUUAAAUACCCGAAUCAGACUUGAAGAGCUGAAAGUGAACCAAACACAAAUUCCACUAACAUCUAGUGAUAAAGGCGAGGAUGCAUUA